CUCCCGACGCCGGAGUGCGCGGCGCGGUUGCGGUUGCGGUUGCCGCCGGGCGGGGGUCUGGACCGGACCUGAGCGGACGACGCGCCCGGCUCCGCCGCGGGCCGAGCCAGUGAGUGCGGGCUGCUGUCCCGGGGGCAUGGCGGGGCCGGGGCGGGAGCCAUUUUGUGUGGCUGCCUCCCGCGGGAGGAAGCUGGAGGCGGCGGCGGGCGGCUAAGAUGUCCUUGGGGAGCCCCGCCGCAGUGUCUCCUUCCUCUUGUCUCCCCUCUCUCCUGCGGAGCGGGCCCGGAGCAUGGCGCAGCAGGCAGCCGUCCUGCAGGGCUGCAACAACGAGGUGGUGCGGUGCCUGGAGGACCUGUGCCUGCGGCGGGACGAGCUGGCCCGCCAGAUCCGGCGGGACGAGGAGGAGCGGGAGCGGCUGCGGCGGGACGUGCGGGCGCUGGGCGAGCGGCUGGAGCGCGUGUCGGGCAGCCUGGCCCGCAAGGCCGAGGCCCGCGACGAACUGGACAAAAUCCUUGCUGAAACCGACGCUGCUUACGUGAAGAUCUUGGACAGCUUUCGAGCGCUGCUGAGUGUCCUGAAGCAGGAGGCAGGGGCCUUGAGCAAAACGGCAGUGCUGGAAAGCAAUGUCACCUGAAACGGGCCAGUGUGCGUGCAGCCUCCAACUGAGCUAAAUUCCCUCUUGGGUGAGGAAUGAGGUUAGCCACAGACCCUGGGGGUAGCAGAAGUGGGGAAGGGCUUGACUGGGGUCUCUUGUCUGUUUUACCUUUAGUUUAAUGCACUAAAGCAGUGUGUAACGCACAUAAAAUAAAGUCAGUAUUUUGCUACCAAA